AUGGCGAAGAGCGCAAGGGCCAGUUCCAAGAAGUUCAACAACCAGCGCAAGGCAGCCAGUGUCUUUGCCCCUACUGAAAAUGCCCGGGCAGAGCGCCUUUCCGCAAAGCUCCUGGAGUUGGCCAAACAGCCCAAGCCUGAGUCCUCUGAUGUGAACAUGAAUACCGAAGACAAUGAUCUUCAAGUUGAAAUCACCACUCGGGAUGACAACGAUACAGCCAUGGAGGUAGAUGCAAGCACCAAGACUACCAAACCCCGGAGGAGCAGCAGGGUCAUCGCCAAAACCAACAUCCUCGUGCCAAUAUCCAUUCUUGUAUUCGCCAUUGGCUUUUUCCCAUACAAGCCGUUUCUUCCGGGCCUUGCCGAAUAUGAGUCUCUCGAACUUGGGCCUCCCCCGAGCGGCCCGUUUGACAAGCUCGUGUUUAUGGUCGUAGACGCCCUGCGAAGCGACUUUGUAUUUUCGGAAAAAUCUGGGUUUGAAUUCACCCAAAGUCUGAUUCGAGAUGGUAGUGCUGUUCCCUUCACAGCAAACGCGCGGUCUCCAACCGUGACAAUGCCAAGGAUCAAAUCCAUCACCACGGGCUCAAUCCCUUCAUUUGUUGAUCUCAUCUUGAAUUUCGAUGAGGCUGAUACCUCGUCUACGCUGUCGGCGCAAGACACUUGGCUAGCCCAGCUCAAGGCACGGGGCAUGGGUAAACUGCUCAUGUUCGGCGAUGAUACGUGGCUUAAGCUGUUUCCAGACACUUUUGACCGAACCGAUGGUACCACCAGCUUUUUCGUUUCAGAUUUUACCGAAGUCGAUAACAAUGUAACAAGGAACAUUGCCGGGGAGCUUGAGAAUAACGAUUGGGGCCUGAUGGUCCUUCAUUAUCUCGGUCUCGAUCAUAUUGGCCAUAAGUCCGGGCCUCGAAGCCCCAAUAUGGUCCCCAAGCAACAAGAGAUGGACGGUAUCGUUCAAACUCUCUUUGAAGCAAUUGAGUCCAAGAAUCACUUGAAAUCGACCCUGCUUGUCAUUUGUGGUGACCAUGGAAUGAACGACGCAGGUAAUCACGGAGCGUCAUCUCCAGGCGAGACGUCACCAGCAUUGUUAUUCAUCUCACCAAAAAUGAAGGCAAUCUCUUCUGGCCUAUCCGCGCCAGCAACCCCAAAAGACGAGUUUGAGUACUACUCCAAGGUAGAGCAAUCUGAUCUAGCGCCGACAAUCGCAGCAUUGCUAGGCUUCCCCGUAUCCAAGAACAAUCUCGGAGCUUUCAUUCCCGCUUUCCUGCCCUUCUGGCCCAGUGCGAGAGACAGGGUUCAAAUUCUUAUGAGAAACGCCAAACAGAUCCUUGGCAUAGUCACAGCAGCCUUUGGCGAUGAAUUAUUUGACCCCAAGAGUACGACAGACCCAUGUUUACUAGAGCCUACAGAUAUCAACACCUUAGCUUGCCAAUGGCGCAGUAUUAGCCAAAAAGCGCACACAGUGGCAGAUGCUCGUCAUGUAGAUGCAGAAUGGCUCUCAGCAACCUCAACCUGGUUGAGACGUGCCCAGGAUUUGAUGAGUGCUAUGGCUUCGAACUACGACAUUCCAAAGCUCUUGCUGGGACUCGCCCUUGCCUCAGUGAGCAUGCUUCUUAGCAUCAGCUCCACAGUCUCACGAGGAUACAAUUGGAACUCGGAUGCAGUUCCCCUCUUGCUGAUCACCCUAUCUUACGGCAUCAUGAUGUUCGCCAGUAGUUUUGUGGAAGAGGAACAUCACUUUUGGUACUGGUCCUGCACCUUGUGGCUUGCGUAUCUUGGGUCUCGCCAGGUCGCAAAGACCCGACGAAUAUCUCUUGUUGGCUGGUUCCUCGUAGCUCUAGCUGCACUUAGGCUAAUGCGCAGCUGGAACCAGACAGGUCAGAAAUAUGCUGGCGAACCAGACAUUGUCAAGAUAUUUCUUUUGCCGUACCCUGAGCUCCUAUGGAUCCUUGUCGCAGCCACAUACGGCAUCAUAUCCUUUAACAUUCUUGCCAGCCUCGACGGACUCCCAUAUGUUAUUUCGACUGGCCUAUCGUCUUUUCUUGUUUCGGCUGCCUUUAGUUUCAAGCUUGCCUUCACAGCCGAGGAUGCCCCUGAGCUUGUAGUGGGAUUUGCGAAGGCCGUAUACGAUAUGUUUCAAGGCCAGACUUUACUAUUCAGAGCCAGGCUCGUUUUUGCGCUUCUUUCCAUCACUGGAGUCUGGGCAACAUACAGAAGCAUCGUGGGUGGUCCGCGAGCCUCGAGAACAUCUGCAUACCUCUUUCAUUAUCUCUACAGUCUACUCGCUUUAACUCAAUCUCGAGCAACGAACAUCCCCAUUCUCCUCCUAUCUUCUCUUAUUUUCAACUUCCUCCAAUCCAGCAACCUAUCCAUUCCACAAAUCACCACCAGCUCCAUCCUCCUCCAGCAUGCUACCUUCUUCGCCUUCGGUGGCUCCAACGCCAUCUCCUCCAUUGAUCUCUCUAGCGCAUACAACGGCAUCAGCUCUUUCAACGUCAUCGCAGUUGGAUUCCUCACUCUCAUCAGCAACUGGUCCGGCCCCAUCUUUUGGACCUCGGCGGCCAAUCUGCUCCUGAUGAAGAAGGCCCAUGAGGGGCAAAAGGACGUCUUCAGACAACAUAUCACGCUUCUCACGGCAUUCACUGCAGCCAGCAUUGCCUUCGUCAUGGCAGCUUGCACCAUACUUAGAACACACCUCUUCAUUUGGACAGUCUUCUCACCCAAGUACCUGUACUGCAUGGCCUGGGGGCUGGGUCAACAUUUACUCAUCAACGUUGGGUUCGGUGGCCUUCUAUAUUGGCUCAGCUCGCGAUAA